CUUGGAGACAAGAGCCAUUUUGCAAAUUUGUGGUAUCAUUUCCCUAAACAACUCAGGACCAAAUUGUGCUUCAUUUCCUCAGUUCUGCAUUUCUGCAGAGGCAGAAAGAAACACAGCUCUCGACUUGUUUUUUGUAAACAUUACUGAAAGAGUUGUGAUAACUUUUUAUUCUACCAUGUAUACAUAUGGAAUAGCAUUAACAAGUGAAAUAGAGAAGGAUGUAAUAAAUUAGACAUUUCUUCAUUUUAGAAAGAAGAUGGGAACAACAUUGCUUUUCUUUUCUCAAUUAAAUAUGUGUGAAUCAAAAGAAAAAGCUUUUUUCAAGUUAAUGCAUGGUUCAGGAAAAGAAGAAACAAGCAAAGAAGCCAAAAUCAGAGCUAAGGAAAAAAGAAAUAGACUAAGUCUUCUUGUGCAGAAACUUGAGUUUCAUGAAGAUACCCACUCCAGUAGAUCUGGGCACUUGGCCAAAGAAACAAGAGUCUCCCCUGAAGAAGCAGUGAAAUGGGGUGAAUCAUUUGAAAAACUGCUUUCCCAUAGAGAUGGACUGGAGGCUUUUACCAGGUUUCUUAAAACUGAAUUUAGUGAAGAAAAUAUUGAAUUUUGGAUAGCUUGUGAAGAUUUCAAGAAAAGCAAGGAACCUCAACAAAUUCACCUUAAAGCAAAAGCAAUAUAUGAGAAAUUUAUACAGACUGAUGCUCCACAAGAGGUUAACCUUGAUUUUCACACCAAAGAUGUCAUUACAAAGAGCAUCACUCAACCCACCCCUCACUGUUUUGAUGCUGCACAAAGCAGAGUGUACCAGCUCAUGGAACAAGACAGUUAUACACGUUUUUUGAAAUCUGACAUCUAUUUAGACUUAAUUGAAGGAAGACCUAAGAGACCAACAAAUCUUAGGAGACGAUCACGCUCAUUUACCUGCAAUGAAUUCCAAGAUGUAAAAUCAGAUGUUGCCAUUUGGUUGUAAAGAAAAUUGAUUUUGCUCAUUUUUAUGAUAAACUUGGACAUCUGCUUCUAAGACAUAGCAUGUUUAAGAAUUGGUCCCAUCUUUUAAACUGAGAUAUAUCAUGUGAAAUGAUCUUAAAAUGUAAAAAUAAAACUUUUUGCUAACAAAAUACAUACUAGAUCUGCCAAUAUAGCUGGUAAAAUCCUCU